GUGGCGGUGUGAACCUAAAGGCACCGCGCGGAAACACGCCAAGAAAGACGAAGAAGAAAUCAAGCGACCCUCUGCAGGUUGACGGCAACAAAAAGGUGGCAUCGUUAUCGCGAAAAGGUGUACACCUGUUUAUUCACUUGUUAACAAAGGCGCGGUCUGGCUUGGGUCUGGACGUCGUGACAACAUGGCCGCUGCUUCAGCGUGGGAUGAGCAUCAGGCGUACGAGGAGCUGCUGUACUGGGACAGUCUCAUUCAACAGGGCCACCGGCUCCUCCCGCAUGACUUUGACAGGUAUGAGGAGCUGCGUUACUGGUAUGACUGCCUGUGCUACGAGGAGGAGCUGAGACAAUACCAUGACUACAUCGCUGCUAUUGAGGAGAUUGAGGACACGCGGCAUCUUGAGGAACCUGUGGCUCCCCCGGUGCACAUUCGAUCGCAAUAUGAUCGGCACGUGAUGGCUAAACACUCUGAAGUGUACCCCUCACCGGAGGAGCUGGAGGCGGUGCAGACAAUCGUAUCCCAUGUAGAGUGUGCUCUUAAGACGGUGUCUGACCAGAUAGAUGUUCCAAAAGAUGACAAAGAAGAUACAGAGGCAGAGAGUUCAAGUAGUGAUUCAAAGGAGCGUCUCCUGCGUGGAGUUAUGAGGGUCGGUUUGGUGGCUAAUGGACUGCUACUGAAGGGAGACAAGGAGCUGGAGCUGGUGUUGCUCUGCUCAGACAAGCCUACUAUCACGCUGCUUAAGCAAGUGGCUGAAAAGUUGACUGCACAGUUGGAGGUAAACGAGAUUUCAGCGGGGACAUAUACAGUAAGCCAGUGUCCAGGGGAUGCAGCCAUCGCUGUGACGAGCACCAAGUCGAUCCUGACUCUCACUAUCCACAUGACAUCACCUCUUGUCAGAGUGGUGCCAGAGAGCACAACUGAAGAAGAAACUGAAGAAACGCGAACAGUCAACGAUCCGCCGGACGUACUGGACAGGCAGAAAUGCCUAUCUGCCUUGGCGUCUCUCCGCCACGCCAAGUGGUUCCAGGCCAAAGUCAACGACCUGAAUUCUGCCGUCGUUGUGAUCCGGCUCAUGAGAGACUUGUGUAACCGUGUUCCUACCUGGGCACCACUCACAGGAUGGCCUCUUGACCUGCUGGUAGAGAAGGCGAUUGCUACAUCUGAAAGGCCAAUGGGUGCGGGCGAGUCAUUGCGUAGGGUUUUGGAGUGUGUAGCAUCUGGAAUCCUUUUGGAAGACGGCCCCGGUAUUAGAGAUCCAUGUGAGAAGGACGCGGUCGACGCCACAGCAAAUCUGACUCCACAGCAGCGUGAAGACAUCACACAGAGUGCUCAGUUUGCCUUGAGGCUCUGUGCGUUUGGACAGAUGCACAAGGUGUUGGGGAUGGACUACAAACCUAUAAAGCCACGUAGAUCGAUGGGAGCCAGCAAAGAUGGCACAUGCCAGAUACCAUCUGCCGGCCUGCCAGCUAAGAGACCUUUCUCAGAGGUGGAGAAGGAGGAGGACGAGCCCCAUCUCAACAGCAAACAGAGGAAGUAUCUCAAGUUCCAGAAGCGCUUUCAAAGGAAAUCAUUCACAGAUGAUUUUAGUAUGAAUGCUGUGAUGCGCCUGAACCAGUACAGACCUGGUCUGGAGUACCGACUUACAUCUCAGACUGGUCCGGUCCACGAGCCAGUCUUCACAAUGGCUGUAGAUUUAAAUGGGAAGACCUACGAGGCAACAGGGCCCUCCAAACGAGCAGCCAAGCUUAAUGUAGCCACCAAGGUCCUACAGGAUCUUGGCCUUCCAACGGGUUCAGAAUCUAAAUCAGAGUCCAGUGGUAGCACUGAAGGCACCGUGGAAUCAGUGAAAGCUGCUUCAACGGCCUCAACUUCAUCAGAAGAUAGUGGUCAGGGUCCUAUCUUGACCAAAAAUGGCAAGAACCCUGUGAUGGAGCUGAAUGAGAAGCGCCGCAGCCUGAAGUACGAGCUGUCUGCAGAGACGGGUGGCUCCCAUGAAAAAUGCUUUGUCAUGGAGGUGGAGGUUGAUGGGCAGAAGUUCAAAGGGAGAGGCUCCAAUAAGAAGGAAGCAAAGGCCUUCGCUGCCCUCGCUGCUCUAGAGAAGCUUUUCCCAAAUGAUAACGAAGUGACGAAUGUCAUCAGGAACCCCGUAAAGAAAAAGGUCACCUACACAGACAUGCACAUCCCAGGCUUUGGCACCAUCCGUGGUAUUCCUUCAGACUCCGGGUCUCGUGGCUGGGGUCCCAACAGAGGUCGAGGAAGGGGCCGGGGCAAACCGUUUCCUCCAGGACCCAGCUACAACAAGACCAACUACAGUUACGAGAGCAGCACUGGCUCAGGCUAUCAUAGACUUUAUGGUAACAACGCAGCCAGCAACGCUGCCAGAGGCGCUGGAGCCACUGGGUCAGGCGGCACCACGGGCUAUGGCACAUUUUACCCAGAGAGCAACACAUUCUCCUCCCCACCCAUCUCCAGCACCGACUCCAGUACCACAAAGGCAGGAAACUACCAGUCAAUGCCUCCUCCCGCUGACCAGGAGAGCCCCUACAGCUACGGGUAUGGAGAUGAGAAAAAGAAGAUGCUGACCCAAAGUCAGAAUGAAGGCCAGGGAGGAGGAGAGUACACUAUGUACAGCACAGCUUACCCUAGCUCAGUGACGGGUGGACAGGUUUAUAAUAAUUAUGGAUGGGGGAGCCAGUCGUCCUGGGGGAAUCAGCAGGGGUAUGGCAUGUACCAGGGGUUCGGAGGACAAAGCCAGGGCUCAUACUCUGGAUAUGGCGACACAAAUUAUUAAUUGUCACCUUGUGUGCAGCCUCUCUCACCUCACUAUGCCGUUUGUUGGCUCUGACUUUGUCCACCCUUGACGAUGACCUGGGAUAACCACCCCUGAAAAGGAACAAAAAAGUGUUUGUGUUGUCUCUGAAACUGGAAUUCUGCUGUUUUUGUUUUCACCUCACUUAUUAGUUCUUGGACAUCUGGUAAAAACAACCAUAGGUGACUGAAGACGUUUUAUCUGGUGGAGGUCAACCUGUUUUAAAUGCAGCAUCCAUCAUCAUCUGUGUUGACGUGUGUUAAAAAAAAAAUAAGAAAAAGAAAAAAACAUA